ACCACCACCCUUUGACACGAACCGGUAUAACAUGUUAAUGCUUAAGAGUGAGCCAGCCCUCAAGUUGACUUUUUUCUUCCUUCCCGACGGACCUAAAAUCAUUUGAUAAGCCGACAGCAGACGGUAAACCCCGUUUUCCGCUCACAGGACGUGUCUUUUAUCGUGUUUUUUUUUUUAUUGCGGCAAAAAUGUUGUGUUGUUAGCUAGCUUGGCGGCUAGCUAGGAAGCUAACAUGUCAAGCAGGGAGGUUGAGGAAAGGAGUCCGCUCAUGGGCGACUCCUCGCCGGGGGAGAGAGCUCCAAACACCGCGCUGAGGGAGCUGCUCCAAUUUAAAGUUUACAAGAAAAGGUGGUUCGUCUUGUCGCUGCUUUGCCUGUUGAACUGCUCCAACGCCAUGCUAUGGCUGACCUUUGCACCAGUAGCAGACCAGUCUGCCCAGUACCUGAAAGUCUCCUUAAAUGCCAUCAACUGGUUGUCAGUGGUCUACAUAGUGGUGGCCAUUCCACUCAGCUUCGGUGCCACGUGGAUGCUGGACAUCGUGGGACUGCGGGCCACAAUGCUCCUGGGCUCCUGGUUAAAUAUGGGCGGGGCGGUGAUUCGCAUUUUGGGGUGUUUGCAGCCGGGUCAGAUCUUCUACGGGGUGGUGUUUUCCGGUCAGACGCUGGCAGCGGUGGCGCAGCCGCUCAUCAUCUUCACGCCCACCAAGAUGGCGGCGUUGUGGUUCCCCGAUCACCAGCGAGCCACGGCCAACAUGAUGGCCUCCAUGGCCAACCCGCUGGGCAUCCUCAUCGCCAACAUCGCGUCUCCAAAGAUCGCUCGCACGGCACAACAACUCCCACUUUUGAUGUUGGUCUAUGCCGUUGUUGCCUGCGUCAGCUGUUUCCUCGUCACCAUGGGCAUGCGGUGCAGUGCCCCCCCGACGCCGCCAUCGGCCAGCGCAGAACAUUCCACCUCGGAACCCUUCAGACAUGGCUUCAAACUGCUGCUGAGGAACCGAGCGUACCUGCUGCUGCUGCUGUGCUUUGGCUCGGGCGUGGCCGUGUUCACCUGCUUCUCCACGCUGCUGGACCAGAUCCUGUGUGUGCAGGGAUACACCAACGAUUUCGCGGGUCUGUGCGGCGCACUCUUCAUCGCGUUCGGCAUCGUGGGCGCCGCCCUGCUGGGGCUUUACGUUGACAAAACCAAGAAGUUCAUAGAGGCCAUCAAAGUCAACAUGAGCCUCUCUGCCAUGGUGGCCUGCGCCUUCACUGUGGUGUGUCUGAUGCAAGGUCAGAAGGUGGCCGUAGCGAUUGUUUGCGCUCUUUUUGGCUUCUUCGGUUUCUCCAUCUACCCGGCCGUGAUGGAGUUGUCCGUGGAAUGUUCCUACCCUGUGGGAGAGGCCACCUCCGCCGGACUGGUCUUCAUAUCAGGACAAGUUCAGUCGCUGAUUUACAUCAUCCUGCUUCAAGCUUUGGCAACACCCAUCGCAGAGUCGCCUCGCUUAACCUGCACGCUCGCCCCUCAGAGCUGGAAAGUUCCUGUGAUGCUGCUGUCCGCACUGAGCGCCGUGUCCUCCUGCAUCUUCCUCAUCUUCUUCCACACGCCCUACAGGCGCCUGGAGGCCGAAAAAGCCGCCAUUUACGGGACCGGCCAGGGCAACGGAACCGCCGCCAGCGAGAACAAGUGAUCCGGCCGAGUAACGUUUUUAUAACAAAAUAACCAAGAAGAAUUAUGUCCUUUGUUUUUUAACUCUUGCCAAAGAGGAAGUCACCACUUUUAUGGAGGUUCAUUUAUAUCUUCAUUAGGAAAAGUUUUCUUUUGACAAUUUCCAUCCAUUUUCUACCGCUUGUCCCUUUUGGGGUCGCGGGGGGUGCUGGAGCCUAUCUUAGCUGUAUUCGGGCGGAAGGCGGUGUACACCCUGGACAAGUCGCCACCUCAUCACAGAUAGACAACAUUCACACUAGGGACCAUUUAGUGUUGCCAAUCAACCUAUCCCCAGGUGCAGGUCUUUGGAGGUGGGAGGAAGCCGGAGUACCCGGAGGGAACCCACGCAGUCACGGGGAGAACAUGCAAACUCCACACCGAAAGAUUUUAGUCAUAGUUUAAUCAUGUAAGCCAGGACUUUCGUAUUGUGAGGCACAUGCACUAACCCCCUGUGCCACCGUGCAAUUUAUGCAACUGAAUUUUGUGUACAUCAAAUUAUGCUGACAGAUGAGUACGGUUACUUUAAAAUAUGACUCAAGUAAAAAGUGUUCAUCACAAUAAUUAGUUGAGCAAGUAUUGUGUGAUGGGUUAUACUUGUAUAGCGCUUUUCUACCUUUAUUUUAAGGAACUCAAAGCGCUUUGACACUAGUUCCAUAUUCACCCUUUCACACACUGAUGUCAGGAGCUGCCAUGCAAGGUGCUAACCAGGCCCCAUCAGGAGCAAGGGUGAAGUGUCUUGCUCAAGGACACAACGGACGUGACUAGGAUGGUAGAAGGUGGGGAUUGAACCAGUAACCCUCAGGUUGCUGGCACGGCCACUCUCCCGACUUCGCCACGCCGUCCCCGUGAUAAAACGACUCAAGUAUUUAGUAACUUGCGAGUAACUUCUGAUUUAUUCAAGAGCUGAUUUUGUAAUGGUCUUGGAAUACAAUUGUAGUUGGUGUGUGUAAAAUAUAAAAAUCACACUUUUCUCCAGUUGGAAGUGGAAUUCUUGUAGGCUGAAAUGUGAACAUUUCUACUGACACACAUGACAGCACAUGAUAUAAAUGCUCUUUUUGCUAGUUUAAAAGUAACAAUUGAGGAUUUUUGCUGCCUUUUCUGACGUCAUGUCACAAUUACAGUCAGUAUGUUUCUAUCUACUAAGUUAGUCUGAUUUUUCAAAUCAUUCAGUUUCUUCUAUUUUCACACCAGCAUGUGGAGUUGGACUUUCCAUGAUCUUACCUCUAAUGCAAGGGUCACAAACCUUUUUGAAACCAAGAGCUACGUCUUGGGUACUGAUUAAUGCGAAGGGCUACGAGUUUGAUACACACUUAAAUAAAUUGCCAGAAAUAGCCAAUUUGCUCAAUUUACCUUUAACUCUAUGUUAUUAUUAAAAAAUAAUGAUAUAUAGCUUUGUGGAAACACUGAUCAUCUUAAUGAUUUCUCACAAUAAAUAUAUAUAGAAACAGAUAAAUAUUUUUUUUUUAAAAGGGUAUUUCUGUCUGUCAUUCCGUCUACAUUUUUUUUCCUUCUACUGAAAGUUUUUUGUAGAGAAUAAAUGAUGAAAAAAACACUAAAUUGAACGGUUUAAAAGAGGAGAAAACACAAAAAAAAAGAAAAUUAAAUUUUGAAACAUAGUUUAUCUUCAAAUUCCAUCCAUCCAUCCAUUUUCUACCGCUUAUUCCCUUUUGGGGUCGCGGGGGGCGCUGGCGCCUAUCUCAGCUACAAUCGGGCGGAAGGCGGGGUACACCCUGGACAAGUCGCCAACUUAUAUCUUCAAAUUCGACUCUUUAAAAUUCUAAAUUCAACCGAAAAAAAGAAGAGAAAAACUAGCUAAUUUGAAUCUUUUUGAAAAAAAAAAAAAAAAAAAAUUAUGGAACCUCAUUAGUAAUUUUUCCUGAUUAAGAUUGAUUUUAGAAUUUUGAUGACAUGUUUUAAAUAGGUUAAAAUCCAAUCUGCACUUUGUUAGAAUAUAUAACAAAUUGGACCAAGCUAUAUUUCUAACAUUAUUUCUUCUAGAUUUUCCAGAACAACAUUUUUAAAAGAAAUUCAAGACUUUGAAAUAAGAUUUAAAUUUGAUUCUACAGAUAUUCUAGAUUUGCCAGAAUAAUUUUUGGGGAAUUUCAAUGAUAAUAAGUUUGAAGAAAUAUUUCACAAAUAUUUUUCCUUGAAAAAAACAGAAGCUAAAAUGGAGAAUUAAAUUAAAAUGUAUUUAUUAUUCUUUACAAUAAAAAAUAAUAAUUUAUUUGAACAUUGAUUUAAAUUUUUAGGAAAGAAUUUAAAAGGUAUAUGUGUUUAAAAAUCCUAAAAUCAUUUUUAAGGUAGUAUUUUUUUCUCUAAAAUCGUCUUUCAGAAAGUUAUAAGAAGCAAAGUAAAAAAAUAAAUGAAUUUAUUUAAAAGCAAAGUAAAAAAAUAAAUGAAUUUAUUCAAACAAGUGAAGACCAAAUCUUUAAAAUAUUUUCUUGGAUUUUUUAAUUCUAUUUGAGUUUUGUCUCUCUUAGAAUUAAAAAUGUCGAUCAAAGCGAGACCAGCUUGCUAGUAAAUAAAUACAAUUUAAAGUAUGUUUUGCCAUUGCUCAAAACAAAAAAUAUGACAAAAAAAUCCAUGUUAUAAUAAUUGUUUUCAAAGCUCCAAUUGGUUAAAAAGAUUCACUUUAAAAUGUUUUAUGUGGUAAAUAUUGCAUAUAUUGUGCAGUUUCCAUAUAAAAACCAAGUUGUCUUUGACAAAAGAGCAUAAAACAAACAAUAAUAGUUCAAAUGUAAAAUCGACAAAUAUAUAUGAAAUUGAUCUCGUAACUUAAGUUAUAAGAAAAACCUAAUAAAAAUGUAUCACUUUCUGAGUGGGGCACCUUUUUGAUCCCAAAUAUAUUUACUGGUAUUUUAUUUAUCUUUUCACUGUGAUUACUCAAAAAUAAUAAAUAAUUCAAAUCAA